AUUACUUAUCCCUACCGACCCCUCCCUACCAGUUCCCAUUUCCUCAAACCGAAAAAGCCUGGGGCGAUAGGUAUCUAUCAUGGCCGCUUCUCGUGGUCUGUUGUGCCUCAGAUGGACUUUACGGGUUUUUUCCAGCAAUAAUGUGCCAUUCAACAGAACAGGGACCUCAGCUUUAAAAACAAACACUUGUGGAAUAAUAUUUUCGACACAGAGACGAUUUUAUUGUGCUGAUGAGCAGUCAGAUGAGGAAAAAACUAGUACGGAUUUACCACCCAGGACCCUAUUGGAAGUGUAUCAAACCGAACCUGCACUACUACACGGCCCUCGGAAACCUUUAAAGCCUCUUUCAGAUGACUAUGUCGAACAAGAACUAGAAAAAUCAAGAGAAAUCCGUUCCAGGACUCCUUUGCCGAUAAAUCCGCAUGAAGCACAAUGGACACCCGAGUCCAAGCGUGCUGGGUUGAUUGGAGUCAAGAUAGGAAUGACAGCUUUGUGGCUGAAGGAUGGGAAAAGAAAGCCUGUCACUUUAGUUGAGAUCAAGGAUUGCCAAGUCGUUCAAACCAGGAUCAGCAGGGAACAUGGUGGCCGGGACCAUAAAACAGAACUACAAGUUGGAGGUGUGGCAGAAACACAACUAUACAAGGUAAAAAAAUCUCAAUACGGACACUUUAGAAGGUUUGGAUCUUAUCCAAAGAAAAAAGUGAAAAGUUUUCCUGUAACUGAAAAUGGCCUUCUUCAUCCAGGAACACGUCUUUAUGCUGCUCACUUCUAUCCUGGUCAGUUUGUCAAGAUUCAAGGUGUAACAAUUGACAGAGGAUUUCAAGGUGUAAUGAAAAGAUGGAAGAUGAAAGGGCAACCAGCAUCACAUGGUCAAUCAAAAACUCACAGGAAAAUGGGAGCUACAGGAGGUGGGCAGGAUCCAGGAAGGAUUUGGCCUGGAAAGAAAAUGGCUGGUCACAUGGGAAACAAAAACUGCACAAAAACUGCUGUCAAGGUUCUCCGCAUCAACACCAAGUACAAUAUUCUGUAUGUCCUAGGGAAUUGCCCAGGAGAGAAAGGCAGUAUUCUAUCGAUCCGAGAUUCAGACAAGCCACACGAACGCCCCCCUCCCUUCCCUACUUAUUUCCCCGAUCCACACAACCCCCUCCCUGAAGAUAUGUUCGCUGAUGACGUGCAGCAAUUUGAUGAGACGAUUUACUUCAGCAAAAAGGAGCAGACGAGUUAAAAGACGUUUCUUGAAAAUGUUACAUCGAUUUUUUAAAAUCAGUCUUUGCCAAUGUGCAGCUAUUCUUAGUGAUUGAUUGUUGAGAGCAAUCCUGAUUGACCAGGGGGCAAUAAACCAAGUAGCCUGCGAACGCAGACGUAUUUCCGGCUGUCACUUGGUUCCGCCGAAAAAUAACGUCUGCGAACCCAAGCCAGGAAACGAUUUCUGUGACGUAAUGACUUUUGUUUCUCCYUGGCCAAUCAGAUUCCAYGAUAAARUGAAACUCGAGUGCUCCUCACAGCGAAUACCUCGCGCASUAGUUCUGGGGUUAUUUGAGCUAAACUGUGAUUGGCU